UUCCCCCCUCCAUUCGUCCUGUGGAUCUUUUUUUCCUGUCUUGAUGGCUUGCUGCUCGUCUCCGCGCGUCGUAGAGAAUUUAUAAUUCUUUAAAAAAUAGCACACAUUGUUUUGCGCUAUGGCUUCGCAAGGCUUCUGGUCUCUGGGGGCAGAAAACGGAGGAGACAGGGGUGACCAAAGCCCCAUCACGGCCAGGGCUUGGUGCCAAGCGGCGGCCCAGAAAUUCACCGGAGGCAUCGGAUCCAAAUUAUGUGCCCUGCUGAAUGUAGGAGAGGUGGAGAAAAGCGCGGAUGGAGCUGAGAAACAGAACACGUUGAGCUGCAACUGCAGCACCAAACCCUGCAACUGCUCCAAAUCUCACCUGGGCUUCUCCGAGCUCUACUCCACAGAUCUCCUGCCCGCGUUAGACGGAGAUCUGAAGACGAUGACUUUCUUGCAGGAGGUGGUGGAUAUCUUACUGGCGUACAUCGUGGAGUCUUUCGACAGGUCGACCAAAGUGAUUGAUUUCCAUUACCCUAACGAGCUGCUGCAGAGGAACAACUGGGAGCUGUCGGAUGAACCCGAGACUCUGGACGAUAUUCUGAUCAGUUGCAGAGCCACGCUCAAAUACGCCAUCAAAACAGCUCACCCCAGGUAUUUCAACCAGCUCUCCACCGGAUUAGACAUGGUCGGCCUCGCUGCUGAUUGGCUCACGUCCACCGCCAACACUAACAUGUUUACUUAUGAGGUGGCUCCUGUGUUUGUCCUGCUGGAAUAUGUCACGCUUAAGAAGAUGAGAGAAAUCAUUGGUUGGGAAGAUGGACGCGGGGAUGGUAUCUUUUCUCCAGGUGGUGCCAUUUCCAAUAUGUACGCCAUGUUGCUGGCUCGCUACAAAAUGUUUCCUGAAGUCAAAGAGAAAGGGAUGUCAUCCGUGCCCAAGCUGGUGGCCUUCACGUCCGAGAAUAGUCAUUUCUCAAUCAAGAAGGGAGCUGCCGCUCUUGGAAUAGGAACAGAGAGCGUGAUCUGUAUCAAAGCUGAUGAGAGGGGAAAGCUGAUCCCUUCUGACCUGGAGCGAAGGAUAGUGGAGGCCAAGCAGAAGGGUUAUGUACCAUUCUUUGUGAGCGCCACAGCUGGAACUACAGUGUAUGGCGCAUUUGAUCCUCUAAUUGCCAUCUCAGACAUCUGUAAAAAGUAUAACAUUUGGAUGCAUGUGGAUGGUGCCUGGGGAGGGAGUCUGCUCAUGUCCCGGAAACACCGGUGGAAACUCAACGGCGUCGAGAGGGCGAACUCCAUGACGUGGAACCCUCAUAAGAUGAUGGCGGUGCCCCUGCAGUGCUCGGCUUUGCUCGUCAGAGAGGAGGGUUUGAUGCAGAGCUGCAACCAGAUGCAGGCGUGUUAUCUGUUCCAGCAGGACAAACACUACGACCUGAGCUACGACACCGGAGACAAGGCGCUGCAGUGUGGACGUCACGUCGACAUCUUCAAGCUCUGGCUCAUGUGGCGGGCGAAGGGCACUAUUGGCUUCGAGGCUCAGAUAGAUAAGUGUCUGGAAUUGUCUGAAUAUCUCUACAACAAGAUCAAGGACAGAGAAGGGUACGAGAUGGUGUUUGAUGGAAAGCCUCAACACACCAACGUGUGUUUCUGGUACCUUCCGCCUGGCCUGCGCUACAUAGAAGACAAAGUGGAAAAGAUGAAGCGUCUACACAAGGUGGCUCCCACGAUCAAAGCUCGGAUGAUGGAGUACGGGACGACCAUGGUGAGCUACCAACCUCAAGGAGACAAGGUCAACUUUUUCCGCAUGGUCAUCUCCAACCCAGCCGCCACUUUCGAGGAUAUCGACUUCCUCAUCGAAGAGAUCGAGCGACUCGGACAGGAUCUGUAACGCUCCCGGUGUCUCGAUGUACAAAACGUUUGUUGUGAAUGUAUGGUAAUUUUCUUGCUUUUUCCCCCUCCUCCUCUUCUCCAAAAUCUAAUCUAGUUAAAUAUGUUUAACGUCAAAAAGUCCAUAUUUAAGUAUUAUAGCACCGUCGUGGACGUCUUGGUCCAAAACCCUGUAGAAGUCUUAAUGUCCGCUCCUGUCUAUGUUAGCGUAAGCUUUAUGUGUGUGGUGUGAGUGUGAAGAAUUACUUGUUUUAAUCAUGUGCAAUAGGUCACAAUUUAUAGCAAAUCUAUAAGAGAACUCUGACCAGAUAUUCUAUGUGCCAGCCGUCAUUUUAGAAGGUAGAAGAAAGAAGGAGAUUUAUUGGUAUAGAUGUAGGAGAGAGAGAAAGAGAGCACUUUGGCUUCCCUCGGUAUCGCCUUUACAAGCACAGGCGGCAUUUGAGUGUCGUUAAGUAGAGAAUACAGUAGAAUUCUAUUUAUUUAUUCGUUAGUUUAUUUGUAUUUAAUGAGCACAACUCUUGUAUUGUAUUUGCUUAGUUGAAAAAGUAAAGAGUAAGCGGGAGGAGCUGAAGCCAACUGAACCAAAAGGUCUAAACUAGAGCAGUGAUAAGACCUAACCAUGGAGCAUAAAGCACUUAUUCUAAACUG